GCAGCCUAGGCUACUGCCUAGACACUGGGGCACAUUCUAGGUUUCUUAAACAUUCGUAGGCUAUGUAUACAAGCAGGUGGUAGCGAGAACCUCAACUAAAACGUUUCCGAAGCGUUUCGAACGAAAACCGCUAGGCUAGUGUGCACGAGACACUAUGGAUUCCCAACAUGGCAGGGGUUGCCCUCCCCAGGAGCUGCGGCUGGUGUUGGUGGGGAAGACGGGGGCAGGGAAGAGCGCGACAGGCAACACAAUUCUGGGUGAGGAGCGGUUCAAAUCGGAGCUGUGUAUGAGCUCAGUGACUGGGGGCUGUGAGAAGGCUCGGGGAACGGUGCUGGGGCGGAGAGUGACACUGGUGGACACGCCCGGCCUGUUCGACACCUCACUCUCCCAGCAGGACGUGCAGGAUGAAAUCCUGCGGUGUUUGGCCAUGUCCGCUCCGGGACCGCACGCCAUACUCCUGGUGCUGCAGAUCGGUCGCUACACCGAGGAAGAGCAGCGCAGCGUGGAGAUCAUCCAGACCAUCUUCCAGAGCGAUGCUGCCCAAUACACCAUCCUCAUCUUCACCCAUGCCGACAAGCUGAAGGGAGACUCUUUCCAGAACUUCAUCUCCAAGCAAGACAGAAGGAUUCAGGACCUGGUGGAGCGAUUUGACCGGAGGGUCCUGCCCUUCAACAAUGAGGACAGGGAGGAUCACGGCCAGGUGGCCGACCUGCUGGAGAUGAUCAACUGCAUGCUUGCACAGCGAGAGAAACCCUAUUUUACUAACCAGGCCUUCCAGAAAAUGGACCAGGCCCUUGCAGUCUUCCAGCAUGAACAUCUGGAGGGAAAACAGGAAGAAAUAGAAAGGGAGAAGAAGCAUGCUGCUGCAGAGUGGGAAGUGGCCUGGGCAGACUUCUCCAACCAGAUGAACAAGGAGAAACAGGAGUCUGAGCUGAAGAAGAGACGUGUCAAUCAGAGCAUAAAGACACUGAGUACAAGGAAGGCAGAAGUGGAGCAACAGCUCAAGGUGGAGACCAAGAAGCUAAAACAGUUGGAACAGGUGGAGAAGGCCAGGAGACAGAAAGAAAAAGAGUACAGGAAGAUUAUCGAUUCUGAAAUCAAACGGGUGGAGAAAGAGAUCGAUGACAGAUAUUCUGAGAGUGCACGGGAGGAAGCAGAGGGCUCCUAUGACUUCCUCCGCAAAAAUGCGUGGCUGAUUCUGGGAGGGGCCGCGCUCGUGGCAACUGGGGUGGGAAUUGGGGCCGGAGCCGCGGUGAUGGCUACUGCAGCUCCUGCAGCUGCAGGAGCUGGAGGGCUUACUGCUGCAGCUGCAGCAGCUGCUGCCAUAGUCGCAGAGAUCGGACCAGCGGCAGCAGCUGUGGCUGCAAACAUCGGACCUGCAGCUGCUGCCAUGGCUGCAGAGUUCGGACCAGCAGCAGCAGCUGCGGCUGCAAAGGUGGGCCCUCUCCUUGCAACACAGUGCUCAAUUCAGUGAUCCAACAGUGAUGCAGUCUGCAGUGAAAGCCUUGUUUCCUCGAAAGUGGCCUCAUGCAACCUACAGGGAAACUCCUGUACAGUGACUCUGAUGAAGUCUGUGGAGAAACUAGUUUUGUAUUCUAAUCUGCAGUAAAAUUCUCCUUUCCUGCAUAAUUCAUUUUUCCAAACAGACUUAAACUUUUAUUUAAUCAUUACAAUAUGUAGUACUUAACAUAUGUCAAACAAAACAUGUUGUGUUUUACAUGUGUGCUAGAUAUUAGUAUACUUAUAUGAUAUGAUUUUAUUCAUCCUGUAUUUGUAUUCCAGUUAUCAUAUGUUACGUGCUGAAUGCUCUGUAUCUGUCUUUAAAAGAAAGGUGAAAGGGUUUAACAUAACAUUCAGAUUAAAUAGUUAAAUUGA